AUGAAACUCCUUUUGGCCUUAAUCGGCUUUUUGCCGUUGGCCAACGCCUACGGCAUAUCGUGCUCUACAUUGGUAGGUUGGAAAGAAAUUUAUUAUUCAAGUUCUAGUUGUUGCCUAAACGUGAUUUUUUUUUUCCCUAAAAAGUAUGAUGUUUCCCUUGGAAAUUUGUUGGGCAGGGCCGAUCUUCAUUGCUUGAGGCCCCGCAAAAGCCGGAUCGGGCUCAGCAAAUGGCCAGGGGGCCAACACAUUGACGAGCCGGCCCAAGAAAUGAUAUAUGAUAAUUAUCGGCGCUAGUGAAUUUCAGUGUACCUGAUAACUGUGUUUAGAAAAUUUCCCUGAAAAUAACCGCCGAGAUGAACGCAACGUCGCUUGCGCUACAUUGAACUUCGCUCUGUUCACGCGCGGGUCUCGCAUUUUGAAAAAUGUCAAAAUUCUUUAGAGUGCGUGAAAACAGCGAGAGGAAUGCGCACGGCGUUACCAAGAAUAAAAAUUUCUGCCACCGUUCUGUACGGUCAGCUGUGUUGGCCGCAAUAGACCGCGACGCAAAUACGAACCAUCAAUUCACAAUUUGGCCAGUUGCCCAACAGUCUCUGAACACUGUUUCUAAAUUAUUCGCUAACUAUCUUUUCAUGAAUAUCGAUGAUAAGGAGCGUUUCACAGCUUUUACGUGAUUGUUAAGUGGUUAGCAGGUGAAAACGGAUUGAUCAAAUUUCUUACUGGUAGGUUUUUUUUUGCUAAGAAGCAAACUUUGCCAACUUUCCGAUGAAGAAAUCAACAUCAGCAAGCUUUUGCAUUAACGAAAACACAAAACUACAAAUCCAGUCUUUUUUUUUUCUAUUUCGCAAAACUUCGAAAAUUUCGAGUUGAACAUCAGGUUUUUCACAAGCAACGGAAAAAUACGUUCCACGUACCAAACGAUAGAGCAAAAAUAUCUUAACAACUUAGUCACAUUAGAUUUUUGAAAUUUAAGCCAAUAAAUUUGUGAAAAUAUAAAAUAUGCUGCAUUAAGGCCUAAUACGAAUAAACAAGUGGCGCGUGAAGGAAAGUUCGCUCCAAUGCGAGGUUUCCGACCGCGACGCGUGGUGGCAAAAGUUACGCUCCGCUUCCACUGUGGGGUAACGCCGUGAUGCGAAGUCGCGCCUAGAAAAAUGCGAGACCCGCGCGUGGAUGGAGCGUCAUUUUCGCGAGUUCGUCAGUUUACCGCCACCGGCCUUGCGUUUCCAUCGCGCCAAACUCGGCAGUUACUCUAACAAAAGUUGCGGUGUACCCCGCGUUGAACUUUCCUGUGCACCCCGCAGUGUAACCAGGGGUGCAUCGCAACUUUUGUUAGAGUAUCUUUAUUGACUUCUUCGGGAAUUUUUUUUUGGAACUUUUUUAUAGUUAACUCACGGAUGGCUUAAAGGCAUAGGGGCAGUAAAAAACGGUGUUUUAGUUCAAAGCAGUUAUUUGUAGAGUUUCUCAUUGCGAAUCGAACGGUGAACUUGGAAACGUACCAAACUUCCUAGUUUUGGAGAAAAAAUAAUUCAAAGUCGGAGAGAGGAAAGUUUGAGUUCCCGGGAAAAGGGCGCUUUGCAGUAAAGUUGCUCUAUAGACAACACGCUUCGCCACCUUCCGGAUUUUCGCUUUUUUCUUCGUUUCUUUCAAUUUUCAAUUUUUUCUGUUGUCACCAAAGUUCUUUUCGUCACAAAAGCUUUCUAUUCAUGAAUAAUUUGCAAACUUUGAUCGCAAAAACGCUUCUUUGGUGAAAAAUGAUGAUUUCACACAGGUUUCGAUUGGGAUAGCAUUAUUUUGUAUUUUCUUUAUUAUCGGUGUGUGUUUUUUGUUUGACUAAAUGUUUUUUUCAGAGAAGAAAACUUUAAUUUGAAGCAGAUACCCGGUUCUUUCUGACAAAAUGCGAGUCUAAUGAGACCUCCGCAACAUCGCGUGCACGGCUACUGUAAACAUUUGUCUGCAUACCGAUCCAAAGCUUUUUUCAAAAAUAAAGGCGGGAAAGUAAAAUCGCGUUUUUCUUCUAAAGUGGUCACAUAUUUAAUUUUUUUGAGUACACCAUUCGAUUCGGAAAGAAAAACUAUAUAAGAUACUGCUUUCACCUGAAACCCCAUUUUUUACUGCCCCUAUGCCUUUAAGCCAUCGAAAUGAGGGUCCUACUUCUAUUUUUGAAAAAAAAGGUAGUGACUGGCUGGUAGGGAGCGCAGACAGGUGACGCCCGUCAGCAUUCUAACUUAGCCGUGAAUCGGCUGUAUGCCGCUGGUUUAAUGGCCCUAGCCGAAACGCAGCACGGAGUUCCCAAACGGGGUGUGGAGACGUCGAAAAAAUUUUGGCGCGAAAUUAGAAAUCUGAAGUACGCAGCCACAGGGGGAGUCCGGUAUUCUUCAUGUCGUUGAAUAGUUUAUGGCGUGUUCAUCGGAGAAACGGAACAUGCUUCAAAACAAAAAAUCGUGUUCAUCGGGGCGCCAAAGUUGCUCCAAAACAGUACUAAUUUUUGUUUUGGAGCAACUUUCUUGCGUUUCGAAGCAAUUUUCGUUUUGUCCGAUGAACACGCCAUCAAUUUGCGACGAUAGAUAGCUGUGACGUCACAAUCCUUUUAUCCGAAGCGCGCACUUACUUUUUUUUGUAAAUUCAAAAACUUUGACGCCUCGCUCACCUUCCCUCACCCCAUUAUGCCGUGUUCAAAGUAAUUUCGGCGAUUUCAAAAUAAACGCGUUAUUUGUUUAAAAGGAUUUCGGGAAAUAGGCGAAAUUGGUAUUCUGGGAAGGUGAGUCCUACAACGAUAUAUCGUUGGAUACGCAUUUUUACGGUGAGUUUUACGCGCGAAUUCGGAAUUUCAGUAGAAAAUGCCCAAAUAUUUCCAAAAUUUUGAGUUCCCACGAAGAAAUUACGGUAAAAAUGCAUAUUUAACGAUAUAUCGUUGUAGGACUCAUUUUUUCUUGCCAUUCUCGGAAUAGCGAUUCUGCCUAUUUCGUGAAUUCAUUUUAAACGAAUAACGUGUCUAUUUUGAAAUCGCCGAAAUUACUUUGAACACGGCAUUAGGAACGGCAUUAGGAACCGUGCGCAGGAAAACGCGGCAGAUUUCCACAUCAACUAUUUGUCACCAUUGGAAACAUUCAAAUUUCUCUACGCUUUCUCAUAACUUCUAGCAUAUUUUAUGUUUCUAUAACCUUGCUCAUGAGGUAAAAGAGAGCGGAGAUAGGGACUAUUUCCGACAAAAACCUCGAAAAUUUUUUAAAAUUCCAGAGCGACCGGGUCGAUUCCAUGAAAAUUUUUCCCCUCACGCGACCAAUGAAAGUUGGUGAUGUUUUCAAACUCAAUGCGUACGCAAAAGCGGAUAAAUCGGAAAAAUAGUAAGCUUUAUUUAAAACAUUUUCUCACUUGUUUCAUUGGUCAACCGGCGUAUACACAAAUUAGAUUACAAAAGUGAAAUCUCAAGAUAAAUCGGGGUUUACUAACGAUCAAUUAAUAAAUAGCAUCCCGAGUCUCAGUCUCUGAUAUUAUAGCUGAUUCACGGUUAGCAUGGGACGCUAAGGGGGCGUGGUAAGCCCUAUCUCGUGCAUCAUCGUGUCAGGACCCUUUUUCGAUGGCUCAAGCCAGCCGUGAAUCAGUUAUACGUGCAGUUCUGCGCCGUUUGCGUUUGGGUUGCGUUGGCAAAAAAGGCGCUACGACAACUUUUUCUAUAUAAUUUUGUUUGUCCUUACGGUGAUCGCAUACAAAUCAACUUGAAAAAAAUUUCCAAAGUUUUUCAUUUUCAAAAAUCCGCAGGGAGAAAAUAUUCAGCUUCAAUUUCACUAUUAAAGCUCGUUUGAAACCGUUAGAAACAUUUUUAGAGCUACAUUUCGAUCCGAACGAAUUGGAGGCUCCUUAAAUAUGUUCAAUAUAUGUGAAAGUACAUAGAUGAAAAGUUUUCGAUCAUCAAAUUGCAGUUUUUCAUUUUCAAAGCGCCAUAUAUGUUCAAAAUACGCUUCGUAUCGAUGUGAGAAAAGUUUUUUACAGUAGUCUUAUUUAUUGAUUGACCGUUAUCCAGAUUGAGUUUGAGAGUGCACUAGAGAGUUCUUUCUACGCCAGUUGACCAGAGUUUUUUCAGCAUCGUCGUCAAUUUUUACGAAGGAGAUAGCAGAGGCCAUGUCAAAAAAAAGUAUAUUUCCCUGAGUGUCUUGGUCAAUGUGGACUCCGGAAAAACGUCUUUCAAUACAUUAUCGGUUGGCCUUUUUUAACCAUUUUCUGUUUUUCUUUCUUCCUCACAAAAAACAGCUUCUGUAGAAGGUCAUUUUUAUCAAACGGCUCCAAAAAGUGAAGUUUUCUGAAAAGUUAUUAACGUGUGAUACUCAGUGCAUUUUAUCCGUAGCGCCAACUAAAUUUUUUUUGUAAAUUGAGAAAGUUUGACUCACCUUCCCUCACCCCAUUAGGAAUGCCGUGGUCAAUAAAUAGUGUCUCUAUGAAAGUACUGACUCACUUUGCAGUUUUGUUGUUAUACCAUUUCCUCAGAGCAAAAAUCCAUUUUUUUUUUCGUGUUGAACCCACUCAUAAGUUUCAGGCUGAAGGUUGGUACGACGAAGAGCCCAAAAAAUCUCCGAUCAAAAGCGGAAGAGACUACGAGCUCGAGAUUUCGUUUCGAAAAAGUUUACGAUCGGCUUUAAAAUUGAUAUUUUAGAGCCCACGAACGUGAAUACCAGAUUUUCAUCAACGGAAAGCUGUUCCAACGCUACAGUUAUCGUAGAAAGUUCAAGAAGUCCGUGACGCAUAUCGGACUCCGAGGAAUCAGAUUCACUGCUGCCAAAAAGUAAAUUUCUAGAAGAAAUGUUCACUGGUAAAUUACGAAAAGGUGCUUUUUGGAAAAAAAAACUCCUAAAAAAAAAUUUUCUAGCACCUUCUCACAAAUUCUUUUUUGUCGGAAUGGUUAAUCUCAUAAAAAUAAAAAAGGUUUUGAAAAGAAAAAGGCCGAAAAAAUACCAGAAUUUUAGGAGUUGUUCUGGUUCAUCAAUUGGAGAUGAUGACCCGAAUGAUACACAAUUAAUCUUGGUUCAAGACGGAAACUUCUAUCGAAUGCGUGAGUUGAACCCCACGAAAUCGCUUGGCGCCCUCAGAAACAAUUUCUACCAACAGUUAUACUCAAUUUUUCUCGGUUGAUAACCGAUUUCGUCUUGAAUUUCAAUCGAUUUCAGUUUUUUUUGGUUUUGAUGGACAAUAAGGUUAUAUACUGACAUAUUGAAUAGAGGAAAAAAAGGAUAGUUUUAUUUUUAAUUCAAUCCAAUUCAAGUAAGAUGUAGAAAAUUUCUGCUGAAUUAUGGUAUAGGUCAUUCCGCGCCAGCUUUUCACGAUUUUAAAUUUCCUCGGAACUAUAGAACCCCUUUCGGCGCUUCGCUUCGAUGCUCUCGGUGUUCCCCCCUGCGUGCGCCUUUAAUAAAUCAUUAUUUCUGAUUAAGAUAUUGCUUCAAUUUCCUCUAUCUCUUUUAUUGAUUUACGGGGUUGUUUUUCAAUGGAUUGAUUUCAUUUUUCGCUUCCACUAUACACACUCAGAUUCUGUGCUGGAUUUGUGAAAAAAAAGAUAAUCAAAAAGAUUGAAUAAUUAUUUUUUUAAUUGUUAUUAAUGAAACCGACUGUUCGAGCUUUUCUUGCAUAUAGUUCUUGGGUUAGUUUGAUAUAAAAUUUGAUGUUACAACUGUUUUUGUAGAAUAAGAAAAUUCCAAAGUUCGGAGAUAAUGAGUUUUAUUAAAGGCGCACGCAAGGGGGCAUACCGAGAGCAUCGAAGCGAAGCGCCGAAAGGGGUUCUCUAGAUCCGAGGAAAAUUGAAAUCGUGACAAGCUGGCGCGGAAUGAUCUAUAUAAUCGAAGAAUUAGUCGUCGGCGUGGUUUACGGUCCACAGUCGUUGUCCAAUAAAUCCCGGCGUGACAGCCAGCGUUGGGAAAUAAUCUGGGUCCGUUGGUAGUGCCAGCGAAUAAACUGCUUCACCAUGUUGAAACUGUACAGCGCCCAGCUUGUCCAGGGCGGGCGUCGGAAUAUCAUCCCACCAGAGAGCGGCAAAGACAGACUAGUUGACGUGAUGAAAAGAGAUAAUAAUCAUAAAGACAUAAUUAUUUUUAUUUUUAAUACUUCGUUUAAAAGUUGACCGGAAAUAUUUCCGGCACAAAAAAUAAAUUGGGAAAAUAAACUCCGUGUGGAAUGAAACUUUCUACAAAGAUUCUGAAUUUAUGCUUUUCAGCUUUUUCUAAACAUCAUUAAUUUUUCAGUGGGUCCUUUCACGGCUUUCUCUCAGGAAACAACAAGUAAAGGGCGAGACUAA